UCUAACCUCUGCAGGCGGGAAGCUGCGGUACCGACAUCACAACGUAGUGUUCACUCACAAUGUCCCGCAUUCUGAACAGUAUCGUGGCGGUGUGUCCUGACCUGGGCAUCGGGCACAAAGGAAACCUGCCCUGGCACCCCGUCAGACUCAGUAAUGAAUUCAAACAUUUCCGAAAGAUGACAUCCACGCCGUCUGAGGAAGGGAAGCAGAACGUGGUGAUCAUGGGCAGGAAGACAUGGUUUUCCAUCCCAGAGAAGAACAGACCGCUGAACAACAGGAUCAACAUCGUCCUCAGCAGGGAGCUCAAAGCGCCCCCUGCAGGGGCACACUACCUAGCACCAGACUUCAGCUCGGCUCUCAGGCUGGUGGACACAGAGCUGGCAGAACAGGCUGACCAGGUCUGGGUUAUAGGAGGCAGCUCUCUAUACAAGGAAAUGAUGGAGAGCCCGGGGACCAGGAGACUGUUCGUCACACAGAUCCUGAAGCAGUUUGAGUGUGACACGUACCUCCCUGAAAUCAGUCCGGACAAAUAUCGUCUGCUGCCAGAGUUUCCAGGAGUGCCGCAGGAGCUGCAGGAGGAGAACGGGAUCCAGUACAGAUUUGAGGUCUAUGAGAGCAUCCAGCAGUGAAGAGAAAUAAAACCACAACAAUGUAAAUUCUGGACUUUUAGCAAUUUAUUUUGGAGUUAAAUACAGGUGGGUGAGGGUUUAUCAUUAACAUGAUCAUAUACUGUACUCUGUCUGCAUUUUACAGCAAAACCAGCUGAGUAGGUCAGCCUCUGUAAGUAAAUCACCAGAAAAUAAAUAAUAAUAACAAAAAAGUGAAAAACACA